AUGGAUGAGCCGGUCAUUGAUACGUCAACUCCAGAAACGCUGGAAAGAGAUUUUAUGGCCUGGCUGAAUAGUGAUCCGACAAAUACCCCAAUCCGAAAAGCUGUGUUUCACGGUUUGGAUUCAAUUGCUCCAGCAUUGAUAAACCAGUUCACGGAUGCAUUCGAAGUUGGCAUGUACAAUCCAUACUACUAUCCAGACACAUCGGAUAGUGGGUCACCUUCUUCCUUAUCCUGUUCAUCCCUAGAUUAUGAUGUGCCACCCCCACCACAAUAUGAAAAAGAUGUGGCCCGCAGUUCAGGACGAAAUCAACUGGGAAGGACGUAUAGCCCUGGAUUGCCGUUGUCGAUGUGUGAACGGGAGGAGAUCGUGAAGUUAUUUCAAGGCGGUUGGAAGAUCUGCGACAUUUCGAAACGUCUUUGUGUCACCCACAGUUGUGUGAGCAAAAUUCUCAACCGAUAUCGCCAAACAGGAUCAGUAAAACCGAAAGAUGCCAAAGAAGGACGGACGGAAUCUCCUUUAGUAUCACGACUCGGAAUGUGUCGACAAAGUGAAAUUCGUGAGCAGCUGAUAAGAGAUGGCAUUUGCACUCGGGACAAUGCGCCAUCAAGGAGUAGUAUAAAUCACAUUCUACGGACAAAACUGGAUAUUAAGCGACGGAAGAAAAGUCUUGCCGACGAUUAA